UCCUCGGGGGAGGAGUCAUCCCCAUGACAACAAGUUCUUCCUGGUUUCAGGGCAGGGCUGUUUCGACAGGUAAGCGUCAUAUCAAUAACAUAACAACUGCUGUCUCUCGGUAAUACAUCGUUUGAGGAAUAAAAUUAAACACCGCAGAAGGACAGGGCCAGUGAGAUUUCACACUGAUCAGUGAAAGAGAGACCAUGUGGAAGUCACAUGAGUGCAGAGGAUGAGGCGACUGCAACCAGAGAUAAGCAACUUUACUAUCAGCCUGAGACAGCCAGCGGAUCGGACCCUCUCCCUUUCCCCUUCAGGCCCCCCCAGUACAGCAGGGGUGACGGCACUGAGAGCAUUACCAAUUCCAACGAUAACCACCAUAAUGAGUAGGAACAGCACCACGCCUCCUGACGUCACUGGAGACGCAGCUGCUGGCUACAUCUUGGUACCGUUCUUGCUCAUCACUAUCGUUGGGAUAGCUGCUGCCGGGGUGAUGUACGUACAGAAGAAAAGAAGGGUAGACAGGUUACGACACCAGCUGCUGCCCGUGUACACCUACGACUCUUCGGAGGAGCUAGGCGAGGCGGAGCAAGAGCUGCUGUUGAGGGAAGAAGACACAAAGGUUCUGCAGGCUGUGAUAUUAUAUUACAGUGUCCUUGGGGGUCAAUGUAUGUCUAUUAUAAGGAAAGCAGCUGGUUGGUUAAUGGCACGACAGGCGAUAUUAAAAGCUUCUGGGAAAUGCAAGUGUGACAGACUUAUCUGAAGUGACAGCAUUCAAAGUGUUACAGGGCUGGGGAAAGGCUUAUCAACACCGGCGGUCCCUCCUGCUGAAGGACGUUCAUGCGUGAGGCUGGGUAUCUGCACAAGCACAGGGACUGGCAGGCAGGUUCGGUAAAUCCUACCGUUUACAAUUGAAGGAUUCAUUGUCUGCUACUGUGGAGUUGCAGCACCUGUUUUUGCCUUGAGGCAUAAUGAUGAUUUCAAUUGUUAGAUUUUUUUUUUUUCACAUCCUUUUCUUCACCCUGCCCAACUGGAAAGUCUUAUUUUUAUAAAGGUUUUUGGUUCGGUCAUCCAAAAUACAGUGUUUCUCGAAUCUUCAGUUUCGUAUUGAAAUCGAUCAUUAUCCUGUGUUCAAUCCUACCCCGGCCAAAAUACAACAAGCUGCAAGAUAUUAAAUGCCAAAGAUUAAUUUUUUAUUUAAAGUAUUUUGUUUAUUCAUGUUGUUCUGUUUGUUGAAACCUUAAAAGCACUGUUUUAUAUUCAGGAAAGUGUUACAUUAUAUAUUAUUUCCUAUUAUAUUGCUUUGUUUUAUGUUUAUAAUUGUGUUUAUAGAGGUAUAAUUAUAAUCUACAGAUCUAGCAGAAACAUUUUGACUUUACCUUCCACUUAUGGAAGAAUUAAGGAAGAACCUUCUUUAUUCAAACUGCCCUCUUAGUCGCACUGGAACCACACAGAUAAAAAAAACCAAUACAUUGUUUAAUGAUUUGCUGUAACAGCACUUACCGUAGUUAUGUACUAAUAAAUCCUUCUCCAUGUCUUCAAUGCAUUAAUGGUUCAGAUUCUUGUAUCCCUGGGUUUGGUGUGGUUUCCAACCCCAUAUCUCUUAAUGUGACCCAAAACACAGGAGACAUUGAUACAAACUGGCGGCGUACGGUUUCUUUGAGCGCUACUGCAUGUACCACUGUGAUUGUUUUGGAGCUAUGGAGAUGUACUGCAGUUACUAUGAAAACCCUAUUUACAGAAUUCUUGUUAAAUGAGGUCAGUCUUGCUACACUGACAGCAUACGUGCUCCUGCAGGAGUUUCAUUAAAGAGGGCGUGAUGUUCUUUACCACGUUAAGUCACAAGCUUGAGCUUGGGAUGUGGCGUGUUCAAAUGAAAUGGAAGAGGUUUCGUUUUUUUUUUUUGCACGUACCCAUAGUCCCAGUUACAGAUCAUUUCUAGUCAGUAUUGAGCUGUUUGUUUCACAGAUGAAUGUUAGUUUGUGCAACACCCUGAUAACAGUAUUGUACCGCUAGCCAAGGCAGACCUUGAUUUCACAGACGAUUCCUUGUGGCUGAUCAGCAAAGCACACCGAAAAUGUUACUGUCUAUCAUUGCAAUUUCUGCAAAUCUGGAGGGUCUGUGCUGUGUUGUUCUUCACCACUAGAGGUCCCUGUGGUACAGAGCUAAAUUCUACCAUGCAUGCCUGGACUUUCUUUUCCAAACUUGGUGAGUGGAUUUUGAGUACAUUUACAAAGUUUGAUCAAUUUCAGAAUCUGCUUUGCUUUUGUAUUUCAAUUUAUGGUUCUGUUUUGCUCAGUGAAGUUGCAUGCAACAUUUCUUUUCGUUCCCGAUCUUUAUUCUGAGAGAUUUACGCAUCAUACACUAAGUUACCAAGCUUUGAAAACCAGGUCCUUAAUUACAUAUUUCUUGAUAACUGCAUGAAGUUGUGAAGCACAUUUACUUAUGGAAAUUGACAAGUCUGUUCCUGGUAAUUGCACAUUUUCAUUAAUUGCACUGAACCGUUUAGGCAAAUGCUCUGUGCUGUAACAGGAGUCCAGUAAAACAACGGUCUGGCAGUACCAGCGCUGCAAUUGGACUACGCGAGCUACGGCACAAGGUUACAGCUAUGUUAUAGACAAACUGCUGCAUCCUGAGACCUUGCUGUAGGUCACGUCUUCUGAUUGUACUGUAGCUAGACCAUGAGAGUGAGUUUGAACUGCUGCAUGUUAUUCAUCAGGGUGAAGUGUAACCUUUAAUCUGAGAUACCGAGCGCAACAAUGAAGAGCCUUAAAAUGCGAGAGUAAUGCAGAGAAGCAGAGAAUCUUGAUUCAUUGGCAGCAGCUAUUAAGAAUAUUCUUUCUAGAGUCCGAUUGAUGCAUUUCUGUGCACAGUACCAGCAAUCUGGGGUGCCCUGGGUGGUGCAGUAAAAUACAACGCUUCCCUGGUUUGGCGAUGGCACAGGUUUUCCAGUGCUCAGUUUACGUGUGCCUGACCAGCACUUCAAUGAGAACGAGCUCUCUGUGAGGCUUCACUGCAAGCUCUGUGAAGUCUGGAGAGCUGAGAUAAAUCCUUGUGAUUCUCUGUGGAACUGUCUGAUGGAUGCGCAGUUUAACUCAAUUUUCAGUGUGUAAUUUUACUUUAAUUGCCUUGUCCUUGUAUUCUGUCUCUGUUAUCUUUGGUAUACUUUUUUUUCCCUCCCCUUUUUUAAAAAAAUGAUUUGUUCUUAUAUUUUUAUUUAGAAACAUUUCCCUGCUGUAUUUUAAAAUGUGUGGUAUCCUUAAUCUUCCCUGUAACAGUGAUGUAUAUUGCAUUCCCUUACAUUAGCCUUUCUUUACACAUUUUACAUUUAAAAUAUUAUAUACAACUGUUGAAAAUGCUGCCAUUCCGGUACACUGCUUUUAAAAGCAAACUAAUUGUUGUCCGAAAAUGUUGUGAAUACUGAACUUGUAUUUAUGACCACUACUGACAAAGUCCAUUGUUGUGAACGUUUGUAAUAAGGGUAUCGAGUGACGACUGAAAUGUAUUUUAACUGUAGAAAAAAAACCCAAAAACAUAGCAAUUAUUAUAGUCCACACAGUUUAAACACAUCAAUAAAACUGUUUAUUCAAGUACUGCAAACGAGAACCCAAGAUCAGAAAGAUAAAACAAUACAUCACAUCUUUGAAAUCAUCUGAUCAGAAGAGUUUAAAACAAUUUUGAAAGUGUCCCCAACACAUUUCCCUGACCAAGUCCUGCACCUCUGGAAAUGUAAUUCCAGCAGCUCUGCCCUACCACCCAAAUGAGUCUCCCCUCUCUUAACAACUAUUAAUCCAGACAUUCAAAGGACACUUUUUGCCCCAAUUUUUAACAUAAGUUUUCGGGUGGCGGUGUUACAAUAGUCCCCUCCAUCCCUCUGGGAACGAGCCCUUGAGUAUGCCCACUUAUCCAGUGCUUGGGAUAAACAUGCAGUCCAGGUUUUUAUCCCAGAUAUUAUAUUUAUUUAUAUAUAUGUAACAGUAUUUAGCCUGACGUGACUGUGAGUACAGUGUUGUACUGUAUGUGCACUGUAGAGCUAUGUAUGUUAAACAGGUUUAUUUAGAUACUGGGUUAGAUCAUAAACCUGGAUUGAUAAUUAGCAUUAGUCCAAGCAGCCUGGCUUCUGCCCUGCUGUCGUUAAGCAGUGUCUUUAUAAGAGGAACAAGGCUGGAACGGCAGAAUAGGUCAGAGGCAAACAAAUUCGAAGAUCAUCCUCAUUCACAGGCUCUACAAAACAUUUGUGUUAGCUAGUUAAACAACAGUGUUCGCGUGUUGAUGUAAUUUGCUUGUUGUGUGCUGUUAAAACCUGUUGAAGCUUCUCAAUUUCAAUUUCAUACAAAAAAAGGUUGCUUGUCCAUAAAAGGCCCUUGCUGUUGUGAAAUCUCCUUUUUAUUAGGUCCAGCUCUCUAUCAUUAUCUGUCCCUUUGGCGAUCUCAAUGGAGGGAUUCAUAUAUUCUAUUAUAAUUUUGUCUUGCUAGGUCAGUGGGACACAUUUACUACAAUGUCUGUGCAUUUAGCUAAAAUAGUGGAAAAUGUUAUGCAUGGAAAAGCCAUUGGAGAUACAUAUUCUGCCGCUCCAGCCCUGCUAAAAUCAACCCUUUAAAACAGUGAUCAUCUUUUAAACUGCAAUGCAGAUAUUAUAGAGAGUGCUCUCAGUCCAAACGGAUUGUUACCAUGGUUUUAUCUUAUUGUUAAAGAAGGAGAUUGACAUUGUUUACCAGGUACAGCAGCAUCCAUUUCUCAAAGACUUCAAACUUAAAAUCAUCUAGAGGUAGUUACAAAACGAAUAAAAAAAAAACAAAA